UAAAAUCACUUGACUUUGGCAGUUUGAUACGCGCUCCGAACCACUGUUUCGAAACAAAUGAUUCGCAAAAGUUUCGAAGUUUCACGAAACAGUGCUUCGAAAGCGGCCAUAGUAGGCUAUCGAUAGAGCGCCUAACAACUACAUCUCCCAGAAUUCCUAGUGUCUAAUCAGGAAGUAGACACGCACUGCGAUGGCAAACAGAAAGUGGUUCAACUGCAGUGCGAAAUAAAUUUAGUGUCACUUAAAUUGAUAACAUUCGUGGUUACUUGAAAGUAUUCAAGCGGAAUGUCAUGCCCAUUCAAUCACUCUGCGGAGCUGAACCCCGCAGUGCUGCCGCUGGACUGGCUCCUGGGAACCUGGCAGUCCGAUGAGCCAGGAGAAGGAUCCUUCCCCUCCAUCACGGCUUUUCGUUACACAGAGACUCUUCAUUUCUCACAUGUAGGACAGCCCGUGAUUAAUUUUAUGUUUAAUGCAUUCCAUGCUGAGAGCAAAAAGCCACUUCACAGGGAGUGUGGAUUCAUCAGGAUUCAGCCAGGCACCAACAGGGUGGCCUUCAUCCUCGCACAGAACUCAGGUGUUUGAUUUGUUUUGUUUUUUU